GCUGUGUCCCCAGCUGUGACCCCCUAUCCACAGCCUCAUCCCACCGCGUGGUGUCCCCUGAACCCAGCCACGUGCCCAGCUGUGACCCACACCCACAGCCGUGUCCCCAGCUGUGUCCCCCCAGCCGCCUUCCCUGUCCCCAGCCGUUCUCCCGCUGCAGCCACACGUGGCAGGGGGUGACACGUCCUCACCGUGUGACCCCCGUGGGGCAUCAGCUUCCUCAUCGCCUCCAAACCCACAUCCUCCCCCACCUCUGUCACCUCCCGGGGUGCCCGGGGGCCACCCCCAGCUACCGUCUGCAGCGGGUCCGGUGUCACCGGGUGUCCCAGGUGAAGGGGCGGCUCCAGCUCGUCCCUCCCCUCGGCGCCUUCCUUGUGCCCGUCACUGGGGAUUAGCGCAGGGACAGCCCCGGGCUUGGGGACAGGCACAGGGGACAGGGCCACCCGCCACCUCGCCUGGAUGUAGGAGGCCUGGCCGAGCGGCGAGGACCGAGGGUGACAUCCCCCAUCCCUGCGCUGGGCGAGGACGGGGACCCCCCCGCGCCCCCCCAGCCUUUGGGGGCACCAUGAAGGACCGGCUGGAGCAGCUCAAGGCGAAGCAAGAUGCGGAUGACGAGGAGGAGCUGGAGAUCGCCGUGGACAACACGGCCUUCAUGGAUGAGUUCUUCGCGGAGAUUGAGGAGACCCGGCAGAACAUCGACAAGAUCUCAGAGAACGUGGAGGAAGCCAAGAAGCUCUACAGCAUCAUCCUCUCAGCCCCCAUCCCAGAGCAGAAGACCAAAGAUGACCUGGAGCAGCUGACGGCAGAGAUCAAGAAAAUGGCCAACAGCGUCCGUAACAAGCUGAAGAGUAUGGAGAGGAACAUCGAGCAGGAUGAGGCACGAUCCUCCGCCGACCUUCGGAUACGCAAGUCCCAGCACUCGGUCCUGUCCCGCAAGUUCGUGGACGUCAUGACCAAGUACAACGAGGCGCAGGUGGAUUUCCGGGAGCGGAGCAAGGGCCGGAUCCAGCGCCAGCUGGAAAUCACCGGCAAGAACACGACGGACGAGGAGCUGGAGGAGAUGCUGGAGAGUGGGAACCCCUCCAUCUUCACCUCGGGGAUCAUGGACUCGCAGAUCUCGAAGCAGGCGCUGAGCGAGAUCGAGGGGCGGCACAAGGACAUCGUGCGCCUGGAGAGCAGCAUCAAGGAGCUCCACGAUAUGUUCGUGGACAUCGCCAUGCUGGUGGAGAAUCAGGGAGCCAUGAUCGACCGCAUAGAGAACAACAUGGACCAGUCUGUCGGGUUCGUGGAACGGGCCGUGGCUGACACCAAAAAGGCUGUGAAGUACCAAAGUGAGGCCAGGAGGACGCUCCCGACCAUCCCAGCGAUGUCACCUCCGGCGGGAUCCUGGACCCCUCCUCUCCCCGCUCCUCCCGGACCUGCUGCUCCCAGCCCUCCGUGUCCCGAUUCCCGCCGCGGUUUCAGCACCGCCGCCUUUCCCGCCCAUCCUGCCACUCCCUGGGAUCUGCUCCUCAUGUCCUCACGGAAGGAGACAGGAUUCCGAUUCCGUCCGUCCUCUUGGGACUCGGCCACCGAAGAAGAUCAUGAUCAUGUUGUGCUGCAUCAUCCUCGCCAUCAUCCUGGCAUCCAGCAUCGGGAGCAUCUUCGCCUGAGCCCCCCACCCGCUGCCCUCCAGGUGACAGGGACAGGAAUGGGGUGGCACAGGGGGGUCCCUGGUACACCCCAAUCCCAGGGAGCGGGUUCAGGCCUUGCCGGGGUUGGAUUCGCCCUGAGUGUCUCCAGGCUGCCACUCUGGGGAGGGAUGGGGAUGGUGACAGCACUAGGAGCCACAUCCCCUUCCUGUCACCUCAUCUUCUUCCCUGUCACAGGUGGCCUUUCCCCCUCCUGUCCCCCUGCCCGGAUGAUCCAUCGGAGAGAUCCCGGCCAAGCCACGAUCCCCGGAGCCCCGAGGACAUCCCACGUGUCCCUGGAGGAGUGGAGCCCUCCCACCACACCCCCUGCUCCCCUCCCAGCACCAAGGUCCCCACUCUCCUCCUCCUCCUCCUCCACUCGGGUGACAGUCGGUGGCCGCUGUGACAAGCAGCCCCUCCUCGGUGGCACGGAGCGGCUGGAGGGGCCGUGUCCCUCUCGGAGGGGGACACAGGGCUCUGCCUUGCCGGGGCGGCCGGAGGAGCCUCUCCCUGUGCUUGGAGCUCCUUGGAUGUGCAGCCACCCAUGCUGGAGCCUUCCUCCUCAAUAAAGAGCUCACCCACACUCUGCCUCCUGGCUCCGACCUGAUCCGUGGAUCCCUCAGGAUGCUCCCAGCUCUUAAAAUCCACUUUGG